ACCCAUGAUACUCCAAGGAAAGCACGCGAAUUAUGCAGUGCGCGGCAUAUUAAUCUGCCACUGUCUCUACCUGCAGUCUACACCACGUUCUUCACGCUGGGCAUGGGCGACAGGCAGAUCCUCCAUGCUUUUUGCUCGCCGCCGCGCCUCUGAUCCCUCGCCCGCCUCCCCGGCCUAGCUGGUGCUGGUAUCGCCGCCGCCGCCGGUUGCUUCCCGCGGGAUAAUAAAAGUAGAGCCUCCCAUAAAACUGGCCGGCCGCCUCCCUCGGCGCCCGCCCGACCCGCACCGCACGCCACGCGGGACUAGCCCACCCUCCCUCCCUCCCUCCCUCCCCUCCCCUUCCUGGGAUGCGCGCCUUCCCCCGCCUCCUCCGGCCGGAACCCUAGGCGUGCAGGCAGGCGCGCGUGCGCAGCAGGCGACUCCCGGCGCCGCGCCGAUGGGGAGGCCGGGGUACCUGACGCUGCCCAUCUUCGCGGCGCUCGCGGCGAUCGGCUACGUCUACUACACCACGGUCUUCGUCGCCGUCGCCGGCUGGCUCGGCCUCGCCACUGCCGCCGGGGUCGCCAACGCCGCCGCCUUCACGGCCCUCGCCGCCGCCUGCCUCGCCACCUACGCGGCCGCCGUCUCCCGGGACCCCGGCCGGGUGCCGCCCACCUUCCUGCCCGACGUCGAGGACGCCGAGACCCCCGUCCACGAGGUCAAGCGCAAGGGUGGUGAUUUGAGAUAUUGCCAGAAAUGUGGCCACUACAAGCCUCCACGUGCACACCAUUGCCGCGUGUGCAAGAGAUGUGUUCUAAAAAUGGACCAUCACUGUAUUUGGAUCAAUAACUGUGUUGGACACGAGAACUACAAGAUAUUCUUGGUCUUUGUAUUGUAUGCUGUAAUUGCAAGCUUCUAUGCAAUGAUUCUGAUUGUAGGGAGCAUCAUUUACAGUGCUCCGAAAGAUGAACAGUUAGGCAGUGAUUCUUCUAGAACAUCAAUCAUUAUUUGUGGGGUCAUUCUUUGUCCAUUAACUCUGGCGCUGACAGUGCUCUUGGGCUGGCAUAUCCAUCUCAUAUUACAGAACAAAACUACAAUUGAGUACCAUGAAGGAGUUAGAGCAAUGUGGUUGGCAGAAAAGGGUGGAGAUCUUUAUCAUCAUCCAUAUGACCUUGGUGUUUAUGAGAAUCUUAUUUCGGUGCUGGGACGUAGCAUAUUAUGCUGGCUCUGCCCAGUAUCAACCAAUACAAGCAACGGCCUACGGUUCCGUUCAUCCUACAAUACUUCAUCAGCUUCACCACCGUGUGAUUUACAAAAGAUAGCAUUACAUUCACAGUGAGGUGCAUAUAUAGUUGCUAAAAUGAGGAAGGAGAUUGAAAUUCAUAUUCAAGUGCCCAAUAUAUACCAUUUUCUGAGCCAUCUCGGGUCGUAGCAGGUCAGCGGAUACUUCUUAAAACCUCUCAAAUAUAAGAUACAGAAAAAGAUACCUGCGGCCUAGGAGUAUUUCCUCCACUCCACGGUUCUGUUUUGAGUUCAGACAUGAAAAGAUACAUCAGAAGUAAUUUUUCACAUUAUGAGGAAGAUCACUGCCGCCUCUCAUAAUCUGGACUCGCUGUGUUUGUACACAAAAAGUUUAACCCUUGUGUUGUAAAGUAAGUGUACAUACUGUCCUCUGUACUGUGGCAAAAGGCCAUCAAGGAAAAAAAAAUCUCGUAAUCUGGACUCGCUGUGUUUGUACACAAAAAGUUUAACCCUUGUGUUGU